UAGCCAGAGGGGGGAUGAGUUAGUCAUUGGUCCAGACUUGGACGUGUUGCUCAUGUUGUUUAGAAGCUGUGUUUUGUGUUUCAGUUGGUGCUCAUGCGUGUGUUAAUCUCACUUUGCUGGAGAUCCGCAACACAACUUGUUUGUAACGUACAAUCAUUCCGUUGACAUUUGGCACAAUGCAUCCAUUUUUUUUUUUCUCGCUUCCACGUACACAUGCGGCUCUGUGGGGAGGUAUGUCUGGAAUGUUUAGUGUGUGUCCAAACAAGGAAGACGUGUGUAUUUUCUGCAUGCUUUGAAUGUACAGUUCAGUGCUGAACGCUGUUUAAAGCGGAUGUUGAAUAGUGACUCAGGGGUCAAAGGUUGUCGACCUCUCAGCACCUUGACCAGUCGCAUGGUUGCAAGCUUGUCGCUUCCCUUUCCUGUGUCCUCAAUAACCGACUCUUUCCUACAGACCGUGCUCUGCUGCGUCAGCUGUAAACCUGUAAUGAAGCACUUUAUUCCCGCUAACUAUGCUUCAUCAGGUUUCCUGCUGGAGCCCCCUCUUGACCGUGGUAACUUGGAUGCUGUCUCAGGGGAGAUCCUUCCUCUCUAACAAGCUCGUUCCUGUUAUCUUAACUCUGGGGACCUAUUUGCUUUAAUCACAGCCUGAGGCAUCGUUUUAAAAAUGGAAAUUCAGCAUCUAGUGAUAGAAAUGUCUUGUUUAAUCUACCAUGAAUCCUGACUGAUCCACUCACUAUAUGAGUAGACACAUAACAAAGUGGACUGAGUGAGGGCAUUAUCUCAUAUUUGAGGCUGUUAAUUGAAUAAAGUAGAUUCAGUCUUUAGUUGGUUUGAGUCAGAGGACCUAAUAAGAUGUGACCUUGUUCCACCCUACUACACUACCAACAAUCAUCGCAGCCAUAUUGUUCUUCCCUGUGCCUAAGUCACAGGCCAUUUCUCGCUGCUUUCCCACUCAUCUCCUCCCCUCUUCUAGUCUGCUCUCUCCAGCGCCCACACAUCCUCCAACACACUCGCAUGCAUGCGUAUGCAUAGGAACAUAAACUUUUGCACCUGCCAGCGCCUCGGCCCACACAGUGUUUCUCUCCUGCCCUUUCCCUGUUUCCCUCCGCUGCUCUCCAGUAUAAAAUUCACACGGUGAACCUCCCCAGGGGCGCUCCGGCACAAAUCUGGAACUAAUAUACAGCAAAGUUUGGAAAUCUGGGAACAGCAGAAACCUCUGAGAAGAACAACAGUGAGAGAAGAACGCAUCAGUGUUUAACAUGGCCAGUCAUGGGGCUAAAUGAAAACAAGCCUCGCAUGCUUUUCCACCCUCGGGCCUCCUGGCUCCUUCUUUCCUCCAUCUCUCCUCUAGUGCCUCUUUUUAAAACCAGGCUUUCCAGGCACUCUGAAAAACCUGAGUGUGCCGCAUGUAUUUUCUCUCUUUAUUGCGUAAUGUAUGAAAAGAAACUUUUCAGUGAAUUGGGAGAGUUCACGAACUACUCUUUGCAGCUUAUUCUAUGGAUUUUCCUGAACUUUUCUUCUCCCUCAGAAACUCUCAGCAUUGUCAGCCUAUCAUUAGCGCCCUCGCUCCCUCUCUCUCUGAGUCUUUAUUCUUUUUGAGUUUUAGAGACAUUGUGAGCCGUGGUAUCCCCUCUUUACUCUGUGAUUUAAGCACUGAACAAUCUUCCCCAGGGAUUGCUUUCAGGUGGGAGCCACUGAUUUGUGACCAAAUGGAUUAUUACUGCAUGGCCUGCUCAGCGGGCUUUGUUCUCUGUGCCUUUUCAUGUCCCUAAAUGAAGGAGCUAAACAACAUAUGCUCUGAAUCAAUCACCUACAGUACGUACACACGCAGCGUUUUUCUACAUCCUCAUCUAACGAGGACACUUAUAACGUCCUGUGAGGCGUUUCCAUUCCGUUGACCCACUUUCUCUUAUUUCCCUUUUGUAAGUGCAAACAUGGAUUUUCCAUUUAAAUAACCGGGCGGCUCAUUAAGUCAGCCCAACGUCUGGCUGCUUGCGGUUCCUGCGUCUUUCCUUGUGUUUUCCUGCUUCUGUUGUUUCUCACUCUCCCUCGUGUUUUUAUGCUUAAAGCACACAGCAAGGCAGAGAUGCUCAUAAACCCGCGUUCACCUCAUGGGACCUCCAUCUGUGUGGUUCAUCUCUCCAGCUGUUUAGUCUCAGACAGACGAUCGCUGACGGGGAAACGUUAAGGUUCAGUCCUGUGCACAGGUUGAUUGUUUGCAUCUAUUUAAUAGAAUAGCUCUGGGUUGUUGGCGUGAGGAGGUCACGGUGUCUUCACCAGACUCCUUUUUUGUUGUGCAUCUUGUCUUCCUCUGCCGUCAUGCUUCCUCUCCAUCUUUUUGACCCUUCCCUCACUGCUCUACGUUGUUCGAGCAGUGCAUGGGUAACGCUAUCGCGUCAGUGCCGGGCGAGCUUCAAAGCUGGGGUAGGAGGGGGUGGUGGUGCAUUAUGCAUGGACUCCUACAAAGCUGCAGCGAUCCGAGGCAUCUGUACACGUAUCGAACACAUGCAGUUUAAACAUGGCGGCCCUGCGUGAACAUACGCGCUGUGUUUGUAUGGGGCUCACGGUGAUACAGAAGCAUGAAUGCAACACAAAUAGUUGUAGCACACACUCACACAUGGAGACAAAUAUUCAUACACGCAAAUGCACAGCAGCCGCCGCCACCUGUCUGCUCAAUCCCAUUUUCAAGCUUGGUUCAGCACAAGGCUCCCAGCUUCCAGCUCCCGUCUCAUCGAGCCGUCACUUCCUUUCACAGCUGACUUACUUCCAGAUGUUGCUCUCGACACAAUAAAACUAUAAUUACAUAGCUUCUCCAGUGAGAGGAGCUUUGAGUUGUUUGCCAUCGUGCAAAUGCUUUACAUCACGUUUCAAUCCAUAUUACACCCACUUGCAUAAAUGUAGAAAGAGGAGGUGAGAUAAGGUGACAGCUCAUGUCUUGUUAUGCAUAAUGCUGUUUACUCUUUGACGCUAAGAUUGAAUGUCAGUGCUGUUGCAUAUCUAAAUGCGGAGCGGCUACUGUAAAUGCAGAGUCACAAGGCGUUGGAUGAGAAACGCUCUCCUGCGGUGCCAGGUUAAAACAACUGUGUCCCACAUUCCCUCCUCUCCCAGCAUGCAUCUGUUUGCCUAAAAUCCACACUCGGCAUUUCAAUUUUACAAAGUGCAAAUUUAAUUACGCCGCUCAUUCCAUCACUGGAUACCAAAAGAGCUUGGGUUGCCAUGUUGAUGUUCAAAUUUAAUCCCAGACAGCUAUUCCAAUAAGCUGACAAAGAACAGCCUGCUUGUUCUCUCUCUCUCUUAAAGUGGCACAAUAUUUGCACUGACACACUCCAAUGUGUUUCGCUGCAACGUGAUUACGAAGGCAUGUGCUGUGGCUAGAUAAAGUCAUCCUCUCCCCGGAGCUGCAACCUUGCUCUGGAGAUGACGGCCCGUCCCUGCUCCUGCAUGCGCACGGCGUCGGUGUCUAAUGCAGUCCCACCGUGACUAAACACCCGCCCUGUGCCGGCAGCUAUGCGGCGCCGGCAGCACAGGUGUCGCUGCGGCUGAUGCGUUUUGACAUUCGCUCACAAGAUGACCUGUGCGAUCUGAAGGCAGAGAGCAGCCCCACCAUGGACAACGAGAUCACAGCCAAGGAGAGAGGCGUCCUGGAGGAGAACAAUGAGAAGGAGGAGAUGGACCGCGAGCGAGCUCAGGAGGAGGAGGGCGAGGAGAAGAAGCUGAAGGAGGAGGAGGGCGAGGGAGAGGAGAAGAGGAGGAAGGAGCAGGAGCUGCUGACGGAGGAGCAGGAGCUGGAGGAGCUGAGGGCCCAGGUGGUGCAGCUGCUGCUGGAGCUGGAGGACGCCAGGGAGACUUCUAGCAAACACCAGGAGAGCUUCCAUGAGCUGCAAGGUCUGUUGGAAGAAGAGCGUUUGGCCAGUGCUCAUCAGGCUGAAGCCUUCACACGCCAGAUCCAGAAUCUGCAAGCCCAGCUGCGCUCUGUGCAGGAGGAGAUGGACAGCCUGGAGGAGGAGAAGGAGAGCGAGCUGGCCGAGGCCCAGGAGGAGCUGCGCACGGCCCAGGAGGAGGUGAUCUUGCUCCAGCAGGCGGCCGAGGAGGCGGCCGCAGAGAGGGAGAACGACAUUGCGUCGCUGCAGGAGGAGCUGUGCCGCCGGCGGGCAGAGCUGCAGCGCCUCAGCGAGGAGACCCAGGAGUACGAGCUGGAGAUCACAACGCUGAGGGCUGAGAUCAGCAUGAAGAGCCAGCGGAGGGAGGCCGAGAGGAGAGAGGGUGACGUGGACCUGUUGAAGGAGGAGGGCCGCGUGCUGAGGGAGGAGUGUCAAGCCCUGAAGGAGGACAACAGGCGUCUGACUGAGAGGCUGCAGCUGCUGCAGAGACAGAGGACAUGCUCAAGUGUCUAUCUGUCACUGAAAGAGGAAGACGCAGGCGAGGGCACGGAGGGAAAAGAGAUGGAGACGGGCCCAGACGAGGUCAUGGCUGAGAGCUACAUGACCAUGGCCCAGUCUGAGAACUGUCGCCUGGUGGACGCCUCCAUCCAGAAGAAUAUUUCAUUUGAAGGGAAGCCUGUGACACCGACCAGCUGGAACGGCGGCAUCGGGGAGAUAUUCUCUCUGAGGGACCAGCUGAAAAGGGCUGAGGAGAAGGCCUCACAGGUUCAGAGAGAGUGCGACGGCCUGAAAAUGGAGCUGCAGGAGCUUCAGGUGCUGUACGACUGCAGUCAGAGGGAACGCGCCGAGCUGGCGGAGGAGCUGCUGCGCUGCAAGGCAGAGCUGGAGAAGCUCUCAGGAGGGGCUCAGAGAUUCAUCCAUCCGUCUGAGCACCAUGUUCUCUCCAUCCCCUUCAUAGGAAUGAUUGUAAUAGUGGCUGUGGUCUGGUGCUGGUUAUCGGAGCUGGCGUCCCAGAGAGCAAGGGGAGUGAGGUAGGUUGGUCCAUUUUGACUCUAACUGCCGGCACAGCAGUGCUGCUAAUCACGACUAGCUUGUUGAGAGGUGUCGUCCGAUGUUGAUUGGAUGGGCGUCACCUGCGCAGGGACAGACGUCUGCUUCAGACCAGCCCUCGUCCUCGCGACUCUAGAGCCAACGGGAAUUUUCUAAUUGUGGUAGAAAGUGAAAGGGGAGUUGUGUCUCUAAUGAGAAGGUACUGCAUACACACACAGAAUGAGAACCGUGCGCUCUGUCUCAUCUUGGUGGUGUUGGAUGAGCCGAUCUCGCUCCUCUAAAUGUGCUGUAUGCUAGUGUGGUGUCACAUCAUCUGUGUUUCUGUGAAUAUUUCCCUCUUUUAGCUAACAAUGUGAUAAAAGGUUUGUGUCCCAGUGGGUUUUAUUUUAUUUAACCAUUAUUUAUUUAUUUGUUUGUUUAACAAGUCUAAUUUAUGCACUGAAAUUGUACAUUUGCCCAUAAAACUUUAACAAUCAGCAUAUUUAACUAAUGUACUGAAUGCAAUAGAAUAAAAUACUAUUAAUACUGCAAUAGUACGUUGAGAGUCACAAAAUAUGACCUCAUUAACAAAACCUACUUCCUGUCCUGGCAAAGUCAUCCUUCCUCAGUCCCAUUCAUAAACCUAUGAUGUGCUGUAGCAGGUACAUGGCUCAUUAAGCACACGUUACCACCAUCUGGGUCUAUUCUGUAUAUGAAACCAAUAUUUCACCCAUCCUCAUCCCUGGAGGGUGGAAGUGCCAUUUAUCGGUUGCAUGUUUUGCCCGAGGCUCUGUUCCUCCCACCUGCCUCAGCAUGGCCUCAUCAGGUAACGAAGGUUCUAGCGCUGCUCCUACCUGCUCCUACACACACGUACAGACUCAGUGUCAUACAGUGGUUUUGUUACUUAAGAGUUAAACAUACCUGAGCAACUUUGGGCAAAUUCUGGCGCAGUAUGUAUAUUUUAAUGUUUUUUAUUGUUCAACCCAGUGUCAGUUCCAGUGGGGACGAAUGGAUUUUAUAGCCUCCAUGGUAGACUUUACAGUGCUUGGUAUUCCAGGAGUAUAGUUCUAGACAUUUGUGGUGACUGCAGGUUGUUUAAGGGUACACAGUGGGAGAAAGCUGUCUGCCAGCGCUUCUUUUUGAUUACUGGUGUGAUGCACCGCACAUCUGGCAACCACCGGUUAGCAGCUACGAGGCUAAAGCCCUGAAGCAGGUUAAGUGAAGGACACUUUUAAACUAGGAAAGUAUUUAAGACAUAAAUUUAAAAGAAGUCUAAAGUGAAACGUUUGUCAUUAUUACAGAAAAUAUAUGUGGAAAGAUUAUUGUUUACAUUUGUGACUUUUUCUGUGAAAAUCUGCAAAACUGCAUGCUCUAAACAUACGUAGGCACAAUAGAAUUUAUGUUGGUUCUGUUAUCGUCUGUAAAUAGAUAUGACACAAUACUGCGGCAGAAAUAUUUCUUAAUUCCAUUUGUACUAGCUUUAUAGAAAGUUUAUCCUUUUUUGAAAAAGCAUUGUAUAUUUGAUAGCCAGACUAUAUGCUACUGUAUGUAAAUGUUUAUUUAUGGUGACUUUGUUCAACACCUGUCGGCACUGCUUCUCUUUUUCAGUACCUCUGUGUUAUAAGUGGUGUUGUCGUUGCAAGUAUUCAGAUUGCAGAAGGAGCGAUAUGACUCCUGGUUUUUCCAGUCUGUCAAAUUAGAUAAUUUAAUAUAUUUUUCUGAUUCCGUAGUCAGAAAGCACCGCUCUGAUACUCGAUAUCUGGCCGAUGCCAUUUGUCACAUGUUCUACUUCAACUGCCACUAGACUGCAGGUGUUAUUUAAAAAGUUCAAUUAGCAAUAGAAAGGAAGUUCCCAUCGACAGAAGUCGUAUGUAUCAUUAAUCUUGAGGUUUUUCCUCAUUAUUAACAUCGAGUUUCAGAAGCUUCUAUCCUGCAGUGUUUCUCAGCUUGCUGCUUUAGAUAUUGAUAGUUUUGUUGUUUUCAAUAUAGUCGUGGCUAUUUUGUUACCCGAAGGUCUAUUUUGUACUGUAAAUGACUUGAGAAAAUAAAUAUACUCAUGGCA